AUGUUUCACAACACAACAAAUUCCAACGUAACAACAUCAUCUCCACAUUCGGAACUGAUAAAAAAAUCAGACAAUCAAGAAAAGAAGCAAAAACAAAAUUACAAUGAAAAUUCAAUCGUUAAAUUUUAUUGGAUGAAUGGUUAUUUAUUGUUGGUUGAAUACUUGCUCUAUCUUGAAGAUGUAGAGGAGGAGGAAGAGUUAUUAAUGAACAUGCACGAAAGUGCUUCACAUUCCUCCCAUAAAGAUGGUAAAAAACAUAAUGCACACCAAAGUGCUUCAGCCUCGCCAGAAAAAGCAAUGGUAUCAUCGUUCGAAACAAUCGAGGACAUUUUGAUGAGAGUAGAUUUGAAAGAAAAACGCAAACAUGUUCCAAAAUUUAUUGAAGCUUUUGAGAAUAAUUGUAUUGACUUUGGCUUUGAGUUGUUUGGACAUUUCACUCAAAAAGAUAGUAAGAGAAUUGACCCAAUGAGCGCUCUGUUUUGUAGAAACCCUACAAAAGAAGCAUUCUUACUUUUCACACAGGAAAGGAUUCACUCAACCCUUUCAGAAACGUCACAAUUUUCGAAGAGAAUUGAUUUGGAUUCUGCAAGAGAGCUACGUAAUAAGUUUAUUGAAAAAACAUUCCUUAAGGUCACUACAUCCACUGCCGAAAGUCGAGCUCAGUUUCCUUCAGAAUUGAAAACAAGAGAGAAAAAAACAGAAUUUUUGCUCAAUAUUUGCAAUUCAUUCAUUGAAGGACGACACAAUGAACAUCUUGAACCAUACUUUCAAAAGUUCUUUGGUGGAUACGUUAGUAGCAGGAAUAACACCUUUGCAAAUGAGAGACUUGGCACUGUUGCACUUGUUCAUGACACUCCAACAAAUUCAUCCAUCAGCAACACUAGCAUCCAGAGAGAUAUCAAUAUUGCAAAGCGUCUAGUUAGUGCUUGUAUCAGAAAUAUCAUGAUACUUUACUUUAUUCAGAACAUAUUUUCAUCUUCUCGUAUUGAAACUGAGGAAGACGAAUCCAUCCCAUCCACAAACAACUUUUACAAAUCGAAAGAUUACAGAGUGGUGAUUAGACAAAUGCUUCUCGUCAUUUCACUGAUUGACAUUAACGUGGCGCUAAGGGAUAUGGUCAAGGAGACAUUACAACAAGAGGUUCAGCACCACAGAUCUACCGUUCAACAACCAUUGGAAAAAACAUUGCAUCAGCUUGUUCAUGAAAAAUUGUUGAGUAGUUACACGUAUUUGAACAGUCAAGUGAAGAGACAAAUGGAGCUCCAUGGCUACGGUUCCAAGGGAGUUGAUAUUUUGACAAGGGACGUUUUGUUUUGGAUUUUCAAAAUUUUCAACGCCCUUAAGGUUAUGGAUAAGAAUGAAAAGGAAAAGAUCAAACAAGAGCAAGACAAGAUCACUAAUGAAGAAUUCAUAGAAGAACCAAAAGAUUGGGCUCACAGCGAUACGUUCAAGUUGAACAUUGUGCAGAAGAUCAUGACAGACAUAUCUGAAGCCACAGAAGACAGGAAAAGCAAUGUUGUUGAUGCCAUAUAUUCAGAUCCAACAACGCACUGGAGAAAUUUUGUGCAUUUGUAUCCUUGCCAAGAGUUGGAAGAAGAGUUUCCACUCGAUGAUAUUAUUUCACAAUGUUCCCAUCUCAUGCAUGUACAAUCAAAGACCUCUCACCUCUAA